AAGUACUACAUACAGUGCACCGAUUACUUGACCCUCCUUUGGCAGUUACCAGUUUUGCUCGGUGCAUGAAAUAGGAAUUCCUCUAUCCCAAACGAUAAUCACUAGAAGAAAGCACUUCCUUUCCGAUUCAGAGCUCUCCUCCUUUGAGUUCACCAUUAAAACUCCGUGCUUGUGAUUCUUCUCCAGAGGUAGGAAGAAGGCAAUGCAGAAAAAUGCAAAGAGUAAAUGUGCAUCUUCAUCACAUCAUCUGUUUGUAGACAAUGCAAAGAAUAGACUGAAUGAUCUCCAAGAAAGGUUCUCUAACCUUCAAGCUGCGAUAAAGGAUGGUCGCGUUAGUGAUGUUGCAAUAUUGGAGGAGCAGGUGUAUCAGAGUCUCCGUGAGUGGAAAGCUGAUCUAGAUGCACCAUCCCCAGCAUCUUCUGUGCUUGGUGGUAGCCUUGGAACUUUCUCAGAUGACAUUGGCCGCCUUUUGAAAUUGUGUGAGGAGGAAGAUGAUGCAACUAGUGCAUUGGCAGAACAAUCAGUUUUAAAGCCUGAGCCUACUGAUCAAAAUCUUAAUAUUGGCCAUUUCACAGCAUUUGAAGAUGGCUGCUUACCAAACAGUGACUCUCAGAUCCAUAAUUUUCAAGGGUUUGAUCAAUCCAACAGCUCUGCCUUAGCUUUGCAGGAUAUGGUGGUUAGCACCUCUGAUAUGAAUACUUUUCUGGAUUGUCAUCACUUCAUUUUGGAUGAAGGAUUCAACCAUGGGCUUUCCUUUGGUUAUACUGAUGGUAAAGAGCUUGGAAAGAGUGCUGAGAUGAACAACCUGCCCAUCAAUCCCCCUCCUGCUGCUUUCAUGGGGCCACAAUGUGCACUCUGGGACUGCACAAGGCCUGCUCAAGGAUCUGAAUGGUUUGCAGACUAUUGUAGCAACUUUCAUGCUACUCUGGCUUUGAAUGAAGGUCCACCUGGUAUGACUCCAGUUUUGCGGCCCUGGGGCAUUAGUUUGAAAGAUAAUUCACUGUUUAAUGCUCUUACUGCAAAGAAACAGGGCAAGAAUGUAGGUAUUCCUCAAUGUGAAGGAGCUGCUAGUAUGAAAUCUCCAUGGAAUGCGGCUGAGCUAUUUGAUCUUCGCUUGCUUGAUGGUGAAACAAUUAGAGAAUGGCUCUUUUUUGAUAAGCCUAGAAGGGCAUUUGAAAGUGGAAGUAGGAAGCAGAGGUCAUUACCGGACUACAGAGGACGCGGUUGGCAUGAAUCCAGGAAGCAAGUGAUGAAAGAGUUUGGUGGGCAGAAGAGGUCCUAUUACAUGGACCCUCAACCUCCAGGCUGCUACGAAUGGCAUUUAUACGAAUAUGAGGUUAAUAACUACGAUGAGUGUGCAUUAUAUAGGUUGGAAGUGAAGCUUGUCGAUGAAAAGAAAACUCCGAGAGGCAAAGUUAUGAAGGAUUCACUUGCUGAUCUGCAAAAGAAGAUGGGAAAGCUCACUGCUGAUACUUCAGAUAGCAGUCCCUCUACCAAGGGCAGGACAAAGGUUGAUGGAAAAACUAAAGCUGAAGAUGUUGAUUCUUCUGAGGAUCACAAGACUACUGGUGCUGGAUCUGUAGGCUGUGAUUCCAUACAAUGGUCUUCAAAGUAAAUUUGAUUGACUACCAUUGUACAUCAUGGAGCUUGCUUGAAUGUGAAAACUAACAGCGAUUUAUAACAAGAAGUCGGAAAUGAACUCGUCAAAAUUAUUUAAAAAAAAAGUCACCCAUUGCAUACUGUGUUGAGUCGAAUAGCAUCGCACAGGUUUUAAGUAUAUAUUUCAGCCAAAUAUAGACACUGGUUUCGAAAUUUUAUAAUAAUGCAUUUAUGGUUUAGUGAUUUGAGGGGAUACUCGGAUUUAA